CAAACAAUGGGAAACCUUGCACUCCGGAUGUGGUAAUUGAUGAGACUUGGUUUUCUGAUCCAACUUUCUGUGAGAAAUCCAAGCUUUGGUAUAUGCUUUCAAAGACAUUAGCUGAGGAUGCUGCUUGGAAGUUUGCCAAAGAUAAUGGGAUUGAUUUGGUAACAAUAAAUCCAGGAGUGGUGAUCGGUCCUAUUCUACAGCCAACUCUUAAUUUCACUGUUGAGCUCAUAUUGAACAUUGUCACUGGUCGGGAACUCCCACCAUUUAAUAGAUUUGUGGAUGUUCGAGAUGUUGCAUAUGCUCACAUUCAAGCAUUUGAGAUUCCUUCAGCCGCUGGCAGAUACUGCAUAGUUGAAAGCGCCAUAGACGUUUCUAAGUUGUGGAAGAUCUUGCAUCAACUUUUCCCUGAGUUCCACCUUGAUGAAAAAUUUGAAGAUAAGCCUAUUAAGAAACUGUACCAAGUAUCCAAAGAGAAAAUUAAGAGCUUGGGUGUCAACUUCAUUCCUUUGGAGGUGAGUCUCAAGGACACUGUUGAGAGCUUGAAGGAGAAGGGUUUCAUUAGCUUCUGAAUCUCAACCAUUGACUUCACUGUUACCAACUUCCUUUUUUUCUCCACUUCAUUCAGUUUUUAUUAGUUUUUCAAUAAAAAUCAUGUGGCUGUACCAAUAAAAUUGACAUUAUUAU